CCCCUCCUGAACGCGACACAGAGCUGUGAGCUGGGCGGCUGGAGGGGGCCACAUCACUGGGCUCCCGGAGGCAGCUGCGCUUGCGGGAACUCCGAUCCGAAGUGCUGCUCCAGUGGUACUUGACCUUGCGCCGCUCCGACGCCAUGGGCACCUGCAAGGUUUCCGAGCCCACAACGUGCUUCCGCGAUUACCAAGAGCUUCAGUUUGCAGAGCGCUACUUCGGGGAUGUCAAAGCGCUUCCGGAACUACGACGCGCUCUGAGUUUGCAAUACAAAGCCCUUCGCAGAUGUCAGCGCUUCAAACGGCUACAGGGCGCUGUUAGUUCCACACCUGAAGGCCAGUCCUGCAGCCCCUGGGCGGGCCCGCGGCCGGGAGGCCCGGAACGCCGAGCGCGGGCCGCAGAGCAGGGCCAGACCGGCACGCAGCCCGCCCUGCCCCCGAGGCCCAGCCGACCAGCCCCGGGCCGGAAGGGGGCGAGCCGCCGCUCAGCCGGCGACGCCCGGGUCCGCCUGCUCAGAAUAUCCCCGGGUCUGCCCCGUACUCCGUCCCUGCUCUCACGGCCCGGACGUCGGCUCCGCAACCUGCACCGCCCUGACCGCCUGCUUGCCGUCCGCCCCAAUCCUGCGGGGCCGGCCCUGCCUCCGCCGGAGCUGGGACCACACCGGCCUCUGCGGGACCCGCCUACCGGAACGAGCUGUGCGGCCCGCAGCCCGGCGUGCGGCGAGGGCGGGUCCUGCGCUGAAGAGCGGGCGCCCAUUGCUCAGAUCAACAAGGGGCGGAGCUCCGAGCAAGACGGAGCUCCUCUGUUGGUCAGUAAGUCUGGAGGCGGAACCCUUCGCCUUACGAAACUCGUCCAUUGGUCGGAAGCUAGACGGGCGGAGCCACACACGUUAGCUCGUAGAGCUCGAAUCAGAGGCGGGGUCGCAGUUCCGCAGGCCUGCGGAUAG